UUCCUGCGGAUGGACGGUCCGCUAACAGCUGGCGGCCCCUGGCUGACGCGUAGGCCCGGGAACGUCAAGCAUGGACGACCAGGGCCUGGAGGAAUUCCGCCGGCGCUGGCAGGAGGAGUUGGCCCUGUCGCAGGCGCAGAGGCGGCGGCGGCGGGCGCUGGCGCAGGGUCUGCUGGAGGGUGCGGGCCGACCCCCGGCGCCCAGACCCGGCCGUGCCGACAGGAGGGACGCGAGCAGCCGCUCUCGCUCACCCCCGGACCGCGACGCCGCGGAGCCUGAGCCUCUGGUGGACCAGCUCAUCCGCGACUUGAAUGAGAUGGAUGAUGUGCCCUUCUUUGACGUCCAGCUGCCUUAUGAAUUGGCAAUCAAUAUAUUUCAGUAUCUGAACAGAAGAGAACUGGGUCGGUGUGCUCAGGUGAGCAAGACAUGGAAGGUGAUUUCUGAAGACGAGGUGCUGUGGUACCGGCUGUGCCAGCAAGAGGGGCAUCUUCCCCGGAGCAGCAUCUCUGACUACUCCUGCUGGAAGCUCAUCUUGCAAGAGUGCCUUGCCAAGGAGCAUAUGUUAAGAGCCAACUGGAAGAAUCGCAAAGGAGCCGUGAGUGAGCUGGAGCACGUUCCUGAUGCCGUUUUGUGUGAUGUGCGCUCCCAUGACGGUGUCGUCAUCGCAGGAUACACGUCAGGGGACGUGAGGGUGUGGGACACCCGCACCUGGGACUAUGUGGCCCCCUUCCUAGAAUCUGAGUCAGAAGAGGAGGAGCCUGGAAUGCAGCCAUAUGUCUCCUUUGUGAGGAUCAACAGCUCGCUGGCAGUUGCGGCUUAUGAGGAUGGGAUUCUGAACAUUUGGGACCUGAGGACCGGGAAGUUCCCUAUACAUCGUUUUGAGCACGAUGCAAGAAUACAGGCCCUCGCGCUCAGCCGGGAAGAGGCCACGGUUGCCACUGCUUCUGCUUUUGACGUUGUGAUGUUGUACCCUAAUGAGGAGGGGUACUGGCAUGUAGCUGCGGAAUUUGAAGUUCAGAAACUGGUUGACUACCUGGAAAUAGUUCCAGAUACUGGGAGGUACCCUGUGGCAAUAGCCACAGCUGGGGACCUGGUAUACCUGCUGAAGGCUGAGGACUCGGCCAGAACCCUCCAUUAUGUCUACGGCCAGCCUGCCACAUGUCUGGAUGUCUCAGCCAGCCAGGUUGCCUUUGGGGUGAAGAGUCUGGGAUGGGUGUAUGAAGGAAACAAGAUCCUGGUAUACAGUCUGGAAGCAGAGCGCUGCCUCUCAAAGCUCGGCAAUGCGCUCGGUGACUUCACCUGUGUCAACCUCCGGGACAGCCCUCCCCACCUCAUGGUCAGCGGCAACAUGGACAGGAGAGUCAGGCUCCAUGACCUCCGCAGUGAUAAAAUCGCCCUGUCACUGUCUGCCCAUCAGCUGGGGGUGUCUGCAGUCCAGAUGGACGACUGGAAGAUUGUCAGCGGGGGCGAGGAGGGGCUGGUGUCCGUGUGGGAUUACCGCAUGAACCAGAAGCUGUGGGAGGUUCACUCCAGGCACCCUGUGCGCCACGUCUCCUUCAAUAGCCACAGCCUGAUCACUGCCAAUGUGCCCUAUGAGAAGGUGGUGCGGAACUCCGAUAUGGACAACUUCGCCUGUCACAGGAGACAUCGUGGCCUGAUCCAUGCCUAUGAGUUUGCAGUGGACCAACUGGCCUUUCAGAGCUGUCUUCCUGUCUGCCGCUCUCCUUGUGACACCAUGGCUGGGUACAGCUAUGACCUAGCGCUGUCUUUCCCCUAUGACAGUGUUUAGGCCAGCACAUCCCGGAGAAGUGGGAGGGCAGUUUACAGAAGCUAGAGUUGAGGAAGCUCCACACACAGUGGGAGUUGGGGGCAGUGCUCUACCGGGUGGCCAUGGCCACACAGCGUCUGCUGUUCUCCUUACACCUGGGGACAUGAGCAUAUGCUGACAACUCCAAGUUAGCUUUCCAGGAGCAGCUCCUCCACCUCAGCCUGUGACAGGAGCUGCUCCACACUCUAGGGGCAGGGUCUCACCUCUCUGGUCUGUGUGCAGUGCUGAGGGUGGGAUCCAGAGCCUCACGUGUUGGCGAGCGCUCAGAGUGGUCUCCUGACCCCACCCAGUCCAGCCCUCCUCUGUGGUUCUCACAGCCCAUUACAGACCCUUACCUGUGAGGACUGCUCCAUUUCACCCGCUGCUCUCUUCGGUACAUCCAUCCUUCCCUGGUGAGGAUGGGGUUGAGGAGCUCAGUUCCUGAGCCUGACUGGCGUGGUACCUCUUCCCUCAGCACCCACAGCUCACCCGCUCUGCCUGCAGAAUGUUCAGGUAGAUCCACAGUGGCCAGGAGAGUCAGUCAGGAAAAGCAUUUGUGUGCAUAGCUCUUCAGAAUCCCCGUGGACCAGGCACCAGCAUGCCUGUACAGAGACCAGGCAGAGUCCUAUCCCAGCAGAUACUAGCCAAAAGCAGCAUGGUAGAGAGGUGGGCCAGGACAGGCCACACUGGGUCUGUAGACGGCAAAAAGCCAUUGGGGUGGGGGAAGCUUUGUGCUCUGGAGACCAAGGCAGUUGAAAACAAAAGGGGGGGGGGCUGACCCACCUCUAGCCAGAAUAAUACUGAGACCAGCCCUGAGGUACUCAUGGUUCUUGGUCUUGUUUCCCAGUGCAGAUGAAACCUGGGUCCUCAGAUGCCUGCUGGGCAAGUGAGCUCCCACUGAGACACACCUCCAACCAAUAUGUGGUUUUGUGUGCUCCCCUGAGACACACCUCCAACCAAUAUGUGCUUUUGUGGCAUGAAGGUUUCCCAGCUCAAGACAGUCAGGCCUCAGACAUCCACUGUCUAGCUGAAGCUGAGCCUCCUUGCAGCCCCCAUCCCAGGGAGGACUUUGAAGCACACAUCAGAGGGCCAGCAAGCAGCAGCUCUCUAGCUCUUGCUGGGCGGGCGCCCCCUGCUGGCCCGGUCUUGCUAGGCCUUCUCUACAGCCCGAGCACUGGAGAAACUUGUCAGCACCACGCGACCAGGAAGGACCAGGAGGCCCUUGGAGAGCUGCUGCAGAGGCCACUGGAGUGCAGACGGCACAUGCACUGCCAGCAGCUGGGGGUGGCUCCUCACAGCAGCUCUGGUGGGUCCCUACUCUCAGCUAGCCUCCUGGGAGACUCCUCCCACCCCAGCAGACAUAUCAGAGAUCUCCCCACCGGCUUCUGGGGUUGCUGCUAAGCGUCUGCUCAGAAGCCAGGAGACACCAAGACGCGUCCCUGUAGCUCGCCGUUUGCCUUAUGCGCCAUGUCUGCUGUUAUUAAAGGUUCUGGGUAAAGGUUCUGGA